AUGGGGGAAAUCAUUCCAAACUUAGAAGAUGGAGAACUAUGGCUUCCUUCUGAUAUUCUACCCGACGAAAGUUUUUCUAAUAAAUUUCACUCUAAUUUCUCUACUCAUCAUCAGCUCAAUGAAUUCAUGGAAGAAGAAGAAGAACCCACUUAUUCUCUUCCACAUCUCUCAACUUACUCUUUGUUUCAGCAAAACCAUGUAGUACCUUCAAUGAAUUUAGACCCCCAUCACUCCAAGCAAAUUAAACUGCAAAAUCAGUUCUAUAGUAUGGGUGGACCACAACCUGCGAUGGGUUUAGGGAUUUAUGGAGAAACUCCUGUUGGUGGUCACUAUCUCAAUUUUUCAGACAAUGGUGGUGGUUGUUCCUGUUAUGAAUCAACUCCUCCUUUCCGGUUCCAUGACAGAAAACUUCCUCCUCUACCAAUAGCUGGGGAUAUUUUACAAGCAAGAAGCACGAUGUUGCAGAAACAACACAAGCAGCAACAGCGCUAUCCUCCUCAAAACCAUUAUGUUGGUAGGGGUAAUAAUGGGUCAUGGAAUCGUGGAAAUAGGGGUACUGGUGUCUUUAUUCCUCGCACUCCUCCAAACUGCACAGUUGCUAACCCUGGAAAGAAGAAGCAGAGUUAUUGGAAAGGAGACAGGGAGAGUGUUGAUGCGGGUAAGAGAUUGCAAGGCCAAGUCAAAAGAUCUAAUCCACCCACCUACUGAUGAUAUUGAUGGAGUGUUUUGAGUCAGUAGUACUGGACUACUGACGAUUUGUACCCUGCUCUGGUACCGUCCUUUACUAGUCCAUGCUCUGGGGUUUCUUUUUCUUCUUCUUUUGAAAUGGUCUUUGCUCUGGUCUGGUCUCUACAGAAUGUGGGUUGAAGAAAUAAAAUUGGAAAACAAGAGAAAUUGUAAAUGAUCAAGAAGAAAAGAUAACGGCAUUUGCUUGAUUUUGGAAAUUAGAUUUUCUUUUUGAAAGAUUGCAGA